AUGCCAUCCACCACUCGAAGCGACGUCUCCUCUGAGAGUCCAAAUGGCCUCACAACACUUAAGCCAGACAUCACCCUCGGUCUGGCGCACAUAUCCUUCACUCGCAUGCAAAGAACUGUCUUAACAAUGUUGCAAAACGUAUCCUGCGUCCUAAGCGAGCCAUACCAAUCGCAGAUUGGCCUCCGCUUCCCUUUCCUAGUAGUGGAGAAUAAAGGUGGCGCCGUAGGUGGGAACAUGCUCGGGGCGCAAAAUCAGGCCGCGGUUGAUGGGGCUUGCGCUCUUAACAUCUUUGGAGAUUUUCAAAGCAUUGUUACGCGAAUCAUGUCCCAAUACAACCGAGACAAUUCAGGCACGGAUCAGGGGGAAGAUGUCAGCAUGUCUACGAUUCUGUUUUCUCUGACAACAGAAGGGCCCCUGCACGAGAUAUGGGUACACUAUCGGGUUGGUGAUGAAUACCAUAUGACGUGUUAUCGAGCAUGGCGCACGACGCGACGCGAGGAUGCAAUAAAAUUUGCGCAAGCAUUGGCCGGUAUUGUAGAAUGGGGUAGGACUAAUUUCAGGGAGAAUGUUGUCAAUAUGCUUAGCCAGAUUGAAGAAGCUGUAAUUGCGGGUGUACUAGCAAGUAUGGAUGCAUAG